AUGGCCACUGCUGAGGGAAAUGUUUUCCGGCCUUACGUGUUUGAGCCGGACUCAGACCCCGAAUCGGCGAUGACAGGUGACAACCAACCACCUCAUCAAAUGCGCUUAGAACAGGAUGUUUCAAAAUGGUCGAUGUGGUUUAUAACCUCCCACAAUUCACAACAAAACUCUACAAGAAGUGUGUCAGCUCACUCACUAUGUCAGCGCACACAAGCUGGGCACACUAACCGGUGGCCUGCUUUAGGCAGCGACCUGUUGGGUCAGGCACAGGUUCAGAGGGCAGAGGAGUUUGGCAAUAAAUCAGCAGACAGAAAAAUUCUAUCAGCUGACCCCAUGGCACUCCACUGGCACGAGGAUGCCACUAGCUGCCCACAAUCCCUUUUGCCACGUCUCGUUCACCCGCUCUCGGCCAGCCGACGUAGCAGACUCUGCAAAGAUGUCACAUGGUCUUCAAAGCUUGACACUCCAGAGGAACAAUUUUACAUUUUGUCUCGCAGAGUGACCCAAAACGCUAAACCAGAUGCAGUACUGGAAUGUCUGGGGGUCAGGUGGGAGCUGCAUUGCUCUGUCCUGAGUGGCUCAGACACCUUAUCUGAGUUGUAUACCAACAGCAAAAGACAGAGGGAUGUUCAGCUACAAGAGAGAGCUGGUAUGGUGCCCAUGAGUUUUUGGAAAAGAGAAACAGUUCAAGAGAGAAAUUCAGGCCUUCCGUUUUGUUUGGAUAUUGCUGUCAUUGGUAAAGACAGUAGGGCUAGUAAGUCUACAUGUGGAAGAGGACUGGUCUACAGGAAUUGGCAUCUCAGCGGGCCUUUGAUUCUCCGACUGCCUGUCACCGAUGCCUCCAUCAAUAAAGAGGCUUUGUCUUUUGCCCUGCGGACACUGUAUGACCCCGAGGAACGCCCCAAUGAGUGGGGAGAGACUGUGCUUUCUGCUGCUGCAUUACUGAGAAUGUCAAACCUCUUCCAGGAGUGUUUUAAAGAGAUGUUGACAAAUAUCUCAUCUUUGACUGUGUGCAGCUUUCAUCGAGUGUCUUGCAAGAAACGGCCCUGGUUCAAAGAGACUAUUCUCCAGAGAGUAUGUGAGCGCUGGUUGGAACUGUUCCUAGUGAUUGAUCUCUCCUGCCACAUAAAACUCAGAGAUCUGCCCUUUGACCUCUUGCUGAAGACCCUGCUUAGUCCAAGACUGUUCGCAUCUAAUGAGUAUGAGGUCUUGAGAGCAGUUCUGCACUGGCUGUACCUGCAGUUAACCCCCUUCAGAUAGACCCUACCAGCCCAUAGCACCGUCAUCAACUUCUUCUCCAAGGAAACGGCUGUUUUCUUGGAACAGCCUCAGGGUCAAACAUACAUCACUAUCUUUCAAGCUCUUCGUAUGCAUGGCAUUACUGAAUGGCAGCAUCUGCAAGAGCUGCAGAACAUCAGAGUUCUUCCUGAAUCUUGGCUGCUUCACAUCCUGUCUAAUCAUUACCACACUCUUUACAGCAGGGGCGACAUGGUCGUGACUGACUUCUCCAAGCAAGCUAUCCAGUUUGGAAUGAUGUUUGAUAGGGAACAAGAGUGCUGCACUCAAACCAUCAGCCUCUAUGGCUUUUACUUUCUUCUCCAAGCUGCUAAAAUGGGCGAAUCAGAUACAUACAGCUUCUCCAUUGAGAGGUUAAGACACUGGGAUCCUGCUGUAUGCCAGUCUUCCAUUGUGAGCCGUCCAUACAGUGUGAGAUCGGAUCGAUCAGUAUGCUAUCACAUCACAGUGCAAAGCUGCGAGUGGCAAGAGCACAGCAGUGGACCUGUCAAUCAAGAGUUUGGCUUAUGCAAAUGCCGCUGUAGGAGCAAACCGUUCCAGAUUGAAGGACUUUCUCCACCCAUCCUAGUGACCUUUUCUCUGGCAUUCCCCUUUUGA